UUAUAAUAAUAGACAAUCAGAACAAAGGCUGUAGUGUUUUACAAUAAUUUGGAAAAUAUUUGCUUAAUGUCUAUUUUUUUCUGCCUAAUUAAGCUUUAGUGAGUUAUUUAAAUGCUCAGGUCCCCGAACUGCCACCUCUAAGACCAUUAGCAUAAUCACUUAUUUUACAGAUGGGUUUUCCAAACAGAUGUUUAAGUACUACAAUAGUAAGGUGUAAUAUAAGAACACAUUCAAAAAGAACAGCUAUAUUAAAAUGAAGGAAAAAACAGGGUUCCACAGAACAUAUUUUCUGGUCUAAUUUCUAAUUCUAAAAUGUUAUCCACACAGAAGUUCUCUUUUGCUUAGUUAAUCCAAUGAGGUAAAAAAAACACCCACCAUUCUGUCCUAUUGAAAGGCUUUCAGCAACAGUGAUGCAAUUUGAUGCUCUUUUUUAGUUUUAGCUGUUUACUUAAUUGCUCAGUCAUGAUCAUUAAAUGCUGUUCCAGAAUCAGAGGGAAACCCAAAAUGGAGGAAGCUGUGGGAUGACUUUCAGAGCUCUCAAAUACACUGAAUGGAAGAAAGACGUGAAGUACAAACCUGAACGCAACCUGAAAGGUCCAAUAGAUGAGCCUGUGACAUCCUGUGCCAGUGCCCAGGGAUACCACAUACACCAGCUGUGUGUAUUCAGAUCUGGACAACGCUGAUUAAGACAACCAAAAAUUUCUUCUCUCCCAGUUGUCACAAAAAAAUAAGUGGGCAAGCUGAAUGUCAGGAUGCAAGUCAUUACUAUUAUAAUACUACUUCUUCUUUGUAAAGCAUCUGACUUUAGGAAGACAAGGAAUAGGAAUCUGAGAAAAAAUGAAAAGGAAAACAUCGUAAGAAGAGCGUCUAGCACCGUUAAGCGCAACGCCCAAGCCCAACCAUGUGAUAUAUAUGUUUACCUUCAUGAGAAAUAUCUAGAUUGUCAGGAAAGAAAAUUGGUUUUUGUGGCACCUGAUUGGCCCGAGGAUUUGAAGCACAUGCUGCUAGCAAGAAACAGGAUUCGUAAAUUGAAGAAUAAUAUGUUUUCUAAAUAUAAAGUAUUGAAAAGUUUGGAUUUACAGCAGAAUGACAUAUCAAAAAUUGAGAGCCAGGCUUUCUUUGGUUUGAAUAAACUUACCACACUCCUACUCCAGCAUAACCAAAUUAAGAGUUUAUCUGAGGAGAUUUUUAUUUACACGCCCAGUCUAAACUAUCUUCGUCUUUAUGAUAAUCCCUGGCAUUGCAAUUGUGAACUAGAAACUCUUGUUACAAUGCUACAGGUUCCAACAAACAGAAAUUUGGGAAACUAUGCCAAGUGUGUGUACCCAAUAGAACUGAAAAAUCAGAAGCUAAAACAGAUAAAAGCUGAGCAGCUUUGUAGUGAAGAGGACAGGCAAGAUCCCCAAAACAUAAAGCAGAAGCCUGAAGCUACCAAACCAGAAUUUGAUUCUUCUUUGUGCCACAUGUAUGUGUUUCCUGUACCAACUCUGAACUGCAAGAGAAAAGAUUUAAAGAAAGUUCCUGGAAACAUACCUCCAGAUAUAGUUAAACUUGAUUUGUCCAACAACAAAAUUAAACAACUGCGACCCAAAGAGUUUGAAGACGUCAGUGAACUGAAGAUAUUAAACCUAAACAGUAAUGGAAUAACGUACAUUGAUCCUGCUGCUUUCUCAGGGCUCAAUAACUUAGAAGAGCUGGAUCUAUCUAACAACAGCUUGCAGAAUUUUGAAUAUGGAGUAUUGGAAGAUCUUUACUUUCUGAAAGUUCUGUGGCUGAGAGAGAAUCCUUGGAGAUGUGAUUACAACAUUCAUUAUCUUUUCUACUGGUUGAAGCAUCACUACAAUGUCCACUACAAUGGCCUAGAAUGCAAAAUGCCUGAGGAAUACAAAGGCUGGUCUGUUGGAAAAUAUGUUCGGAGUUAUUAUGAGGAGUGUCCAAAAGACAAGCUGCCCAUUUAUCCAGAAACUUUUGAUCUGGACAAAGACGAUGAGGAAUGGGAACGACACAAAGAAAAGUCAGUUCAAACAGUCAAAAAGCACAGUGUAAUCGUCACUGUGCUAGGCUAAUAAGGAAACCCUGUUUUUUUUUAAAGUAAAUUCAAAUAUUUGGUACUCUGGCAAAAAAAGGAACCCAACACACUGUUUACAUGUUUGUUAAUUAUACAGAUUGGAAGACUAUUUACUACAAGGAUUUCUGUUUAAUGCAGUAAAUAAGUACAGAAUGGAAUUAGCUACACAGAAUCCUUCAAUAAGUAGUUGUUUCUGACAGUUUGUUCUGCGCUCUCGUGAAAUUUUCUGGUAGAAAUUCAAAACUAUGCAUUAUAAAUAGAUAGACAUGAAUGUAGACAUGUGGGGAGGAGUUGUGCAUGAACAUUAUAUAUGAAUGCAAGUUAUGUGUUGACAUGGAGUCGCUGCAGGAUUGUGACCAACACUCAACUUUCUUGAAUGCAUUGCCAGUUCUUUGUAUCUAUCAGUUUCCUAAAAUAUUUCCAGAAAA